GAUCAAUGCAAAGAGGCAUGAUAGCACCAGGCGACCGGGAUCAUCUGAAUACCCACGAUAGCCAGUUAGCCCCCAGGGCCACGUCCAUUGCUUCCAACUUCAGUGUACAUUCGGUAUUUUGCUCCCGAAAACCACUUUCGCUCAUCCAUAAGGAAACCCCAUCUUUGCAGCUGGCGAGUUCACAAUGGCGAAUCGAGACCAGGAGCCAGUCUCUUCGUCCUGGAUACAGAUGUUAAUGGACUCUACGAUGAUGUCGUCGACCUAUCCCACAAUGGUCAGAUACAUCUCUGGUGCUUGCAUCGCGCUGGGUCUGUUUUUCAUACUACCAGCCGUUAUAUUGGUCCUUCUGGAUCUUGUCAUCUGGUUCUGUCGCCUUCUCUGUGGCCGGGCGCCUGUCCUCACCGAAAAUGCCGCUCGGUAUGAGUCCGGCGCGACUGUCCUCGAGGCGAGCCCUCACAACCGUCGGCAAGACAAGCAAGUCACUCUGCAGCAAGUUUCGGACGGAAACAGGCGUCGGGUCCCUCAACAGCGAGAGCAAGUGAGCGGUUCCACGGAAAAACCAUUAUAAGUACUCGAGGCUCACCAACACACCGCCGAAAACGCCAUGCUUGGCGCGGGUCCAAUGACCUUGCGAUUCCUAUCCAAAAAUUGACAGACUGGACGAACAUCGUUCGGUAUGCGUAUCA